AACUGGGAAAACAUGUCUCCGACGAGCGUCCUGCUGGGGUCCACCGACCCUCUCUUUUUUCAGCAUAUUAUUUCAGUCUGACAAAAUACUCGUUGUUUUGUAUUUUUUUAACUGGGAAACAAAAACUUACAAACCUGGGCGGCCUGGCCGCUUACCUGGUUCCCCCCGUUGGUCAGUGGUGCAUCCCAAGAUGGAGGGCGCAGCCCUGGGACACUGACGCCUGGCCCGCGUGGGAGCGAGCGGGGUUCGGGACAGCGGGAGCGGCCGGGGGACAGCGCCAUGCCUCACAAGAAGAAAAAGCCCUUCAUAGAGAAGAAGAAAGCGGUGACAUUUCACUUAGUGCACCGAAGUCAGAGGGAUCCUCUUGCUGCUGAUGAUACUGCACCCCAGAGGGUUCUGCUGCCCACUCAGAAAGGGCAUGAGGAGCGAAGAAGGGAAGAGCAGCGCAAGUAUGGUGUCUUCUUUGAUGAUGACUAUGACUAUCUGCAGCACCUCAAAGAAGCCUCUGGUCCCUCUGAGCUUGUCCCAUCUGUGCGUGGACAGCAAAGCAGAAUUGUCAUCACAAAUGAGGGGCACAUAGAGGAUGAAAUUCAGAGAAUUUCAGCUCCAUCCAUUAAGUUGCCUUCCUCAGUGUUUGCCACAGAGUUUGAAGAGGAUGUUGGAUUGUUGAAUAAAGCUGCUCCUGUUUCAGGACCACGCCUAGAUUUUGACCCAGAUAUUGUUGCAGCUCUUGAUGAUGAUUUUGACUUUGACAAUCCAGAAAAUAUUCUGGAAGAUGAUUUUGUUCUGCAAGCAAAUAAACCACAGAAGCGGGGACCUGAUGCUGAGGAUGAAGAUGAAUGGGAAGAUAUGGAAGAUGAUAGUGAUGAAAAGGAUAGCUGCAGUACUGAUGGAGACUAUGAUUCAGAAGGUCCUUUGUCAGAUGGUGAGGUUAAUGGACAGCCAAAAGAAUUCCUUUUCAUGCAAGAAGAAACCAGGAGUCGUUUCACAGAAUAUUCUAUGACAUCUUCAGUAAUAAGACGGAAUGAGCAGUUGACCCUCUUGGAUGACAGAUUUGAGAAGUUUUAUGAACAAUUUGAUGAAGAUGAGAUUGGAGCCUUAGAUAACGUGGAGUUAGAAGGCUACAUUAACACAGACAAUGCUCGGCUGCAGGAAGUCCUGGAUGAUUACUACAAAGAGAAAGCAAAGAAUUGUGUGAAAUUGGAUGCUCUUGAACCUGAUGAAGAUUUGGACUCUCCAGCAAAUGAAGAAAGUGAGGAGGAAAAGGAAGAAAUAGUAACUGUAGUUAUUGAGGAGCCAAAAGAAAAGUGGGAUUGUGAAUCCAUUUUGAGUACUUAUUCAAACUUAUAUAAUCACCCAACACUUAUUAAGGAGCCAUCAAAGCCCAAACCAAUAAAAAUUUCUCAGAAGACUGGAAUUCCCCUACACAUCCUGCCUCAGAAGGGUCUCACUGCUAAGCAGGUGGAGCGCAUGCAAAUGAUAAAUGGCAGUGACCUGCCAAAAGCAUCAACACAGCCUCGUUCCAAAGCUGAGAGCAAAGAGGAUCGCAAAGCCAGAAAACAGGCAAUAAAAGAGGAGCGAAAGGAACGCAGAAUGGAGAAGAAAGCCAACAAGCUGGCCUUCAAACAGGAGAAGACAAGACAAGAGAAAGAGUUGCUCAAUCUGAAACAAAAUGUGCAAGGUCUGAAGCUGUCCUGAUGAAACUGAGAAACUUACUAUGGAACUAUCCCUAAUUUUUCAUUUGUGUUGGAAGGGAACUGCUAAAUCACACCUUUGCCAGUCCUGCUCAAAGAGGGUUCUUCAAAUCUCACUGUAACAAGACCCAGUAAUUUGUCAUUUUUCUGAAGUGAAAUUCUAUAUAAAAUAAUGUAUUGGUGGUAUCUAUUCUGUCAUGAGUGACAUGGCAAUUGCUGCAAAGUUUCAUUACAGCAGAAAUGUAUUAAAAUUACAAAUAUUUUUCUUACUAGUUAUCACUGAACAAAGUUUAUAUGUAUUUGUUGAAUGUAUUCAACAAAUCAGCAGAAUCCUACAGAUUUGAUCUGAUUAGAUUCUUCUAUUAAAUUAUUUCAGUUUACAAAACAGUA